AUGUCUACCCAGAUGACGCAGCCCAGCAGCGGGCAAUCUAUCAUCGAGCCCGUCGCACCAGUCAUUCACAAUGUCUUUGAACCCAAGACUGGAACAUGGCAAUAUAUUGUCGCAGACCCGACAACUGCCAAGGCCGUCAUCAUCGACCCCGUUCUCGACUACGAUGCCUGCACGCAGAAUAUCACGAGCACCUCCGCGGAUGCUCUGCUGGCGCUCGUCGAGAAACAGAAUUACCAGGUGGAAAUGAUCCUGGAAACGCACGCUCAUGCCGACCACUUGACCUCAUCGUCGUAUCUCCAAAAGAGACUCUCCUCUCGCCAGGGCUAUAAGCCACCCGUCGGCAUUGGCAAGCGGAUUGAGCAGGUGCAAAACCUCUUUGGACCGCGCUACGGUCUUGCUCGCGAGGAAUGGACGGGAGUGUUUGAUCGAUUGUUUGACGAUGACGAAGUCUUCACCGUGGGGCAACUAUCUAUCAAGGCGAUGCAUCUUCCGGGUCAUACCCCAGAUCAUCUGGGCUAUCUAAUUGGAGACAAUGUUUUCUGCGGUGACUCUCUCUUCCAUGCCGAUCUUGGAUCUGCACGAUGCGAUUUCCCCGGGGGUGACGCAUUAAAUCUCUUCCAAUCUGGUCGAAAACUGCUGAGUCUGGGCGAUCAUGUGAAGAUCUGGCCGGGUCACGACUAUCCCCCCGCGGGUCGAGAGCCCACGGCGUGGAUGACGGUCGCUGAUCAACGCCGGCAGAAUAAGCAUCUGCGGGACCAGGUCACUCAAGACGAGUUUGUGAAGAUGCGAAUGGAGAGGGACGAGGGUCUCAAUGCGCCAAAAUUGCUGCAUCAGUCAUUGCAGAUCAACAUUCGGGCUGGCCGACUGCCGAAGGCGGAAGAGUCGGGGUAUCGGUUGCUUCACUUGCCCUUGAACUUAAAUGGCCUGGACUGGUAA